UUCCCUUCUCCCUCACCAAUCAAGACCUCCAUCAAAUAUUUGACAAAUUUGGAAAGCUCAUUAAGCUGCCUUUUAGAUUAAUUCCGUGAGUUUUUUUCUGAUCAACUCUUUUAAGAGAGAAAUGAUGAAUGAUUCUUUAUCUUCUUCAUUCGCUGCUGAGCGGCAACUGGACUUGCUUGAGUUAUCUGCAGGUGAAAAUUUAGAGGGUUAUAGUUCCGUCUCUGUGAAUGGUGGUCAAGGGAAUCAUGAUGAACUUUCAACGCUUGAUGAUAAUAAGGAGCGAUUGAGGAAAGUCCUAUUGAAAUCCAAGAAGAGUCAAUCUCGACAGAAGAAGAAAGCUCUGACAAGGAAUUUGAAGAGUUUCAGUGCAGCAGAACUUCAACAAAGUGUUGCAGACUUUGCCAGGGGAGCUGGUGUGGUGAAUGAUGCACCAUGCCUCUGGACUUCUUUUGUCAAUGAUCCUUUACUCCAGACUAACAUCCACCCGGAACAAAAACCAUUAUAUGAUGUGAAGCCCGAGCUACUCUUACCUACUUCUAAUCGCACGGUGCAUACGGAUGAAAUUUCUGUAUGCAUAAUGGAUGCAGGCAACUCAAGCUAUAGGAUGUCGGCCCAUGACCUAGCUCUGAUUAACGAAGGAUUAGAGAAGUUGAUGUACAAAGACUUAACUAUGACUUCAAAACUGAAAAUAUGCAACAGUUUCUUAUCUGAGACAAAACAUGUGUGGGUGAUUUGUAUGACCCAAUUUACCGCAAACUGGGUGAUUCUUAAGGUAAGGGAAAUAGAAGCUUCCAAUGGGCGCAAACUUUGCGCUCAUCUUGUUGAGGAUCUCACUUUUAUGACGUCAGUUACCAUGUUGGUACCAAAAGAGUGUGGUUUUGUUGAUGGAUAUGCUAGCCUGAUGCGCUUUCUUAAAAUCCAUAACCCUAGCUUGUGUAUUGGGAUCACUGCAGAAAUUCCGCUAUCAGUCAAAAGCAGACUAGGUGCUCGAAUAGAAAUGCCCGUCAAUGGAAAUUAUUCAGAAGUGAACAAUAAUCCUAAUGUUGAUCAGUUGGGGGCAUCACCUCAAGACACGGAUCAAGAGAACCCAGGUAACAGUGAGAGCUUAGAACAGCCUGUGCCUCCCUGUAUUGACAGCAGCGAACUUCAAGUACCUCGUCGAGCUCGCUCUAUAACCUUCUAUGCUGAUGACGUCUGGGUACAAGAAUUACAACAGCUUGGCCAUGGUCCUUUUCUAGGUCUGCGACGUUUACAGUACGUUCUGGGUGACAGAAACAUGGUUCGAUGUAGUGAUCAAAUGCUGCCGCAGCAACAAUUACCUCAUAAUAAGGCCAAUAACUUCAAUAAGACAAGUAACAGUCGUGCAGGCGCUGGUCGUCGAAACAGGAAGAAGAGAUCUAAUGCAGCUACGGCUACUGCUGGCCGUAUUGGCACUGACUCAGUUGCGACCAUCCCUCAGACAACUAUUACUACCUUAACUUCUUCUGCUACGACUAGUAUCCCUUCUCCCUAGUAAAACAUUUACUUACGUCAACCACUAUAGUAAAGUAUCUAAAUUAAUUUUUAAAUAUAGUGUUUUGAUCAAAUUUCUAUGGUGUCAAAGCUCUAUUGAUGGAAUUCAGGGACAGGGGUUGUCACUAGUACCUAGCAGUUGUUUGCAUUCAUAUUUAGAUUUAAAUUAAAGAAGGUGCAAUUGGGACCUCGCUGACAAGCCCGUAGCUAGUACCUACGAGUUGUUUGCAUUAUUAUUUAUGUAUGAAUAAAUGAAGUGGAGAUUUUGGCCUAAUACCGAGCAGUUGUUUGCAUUAUUCUUUAGAUGCAAAUAAACUAGGUGAAAAUUAAGGUUACUAUGCACUUGGCUGUCGUUCACUUUUUUUGACGACUUGUUGAAUUAAUUUAUUUCUAUAUUGUAUCGCAUUCAAUUUCUUUUGUACAGGGAUCGAAAGCAGUUUUGUUUUUUGAAAAUUUGCUUGUUUGUAUGCAUACUGUUUGCAUUUAAUAUGUACUGAUGUAUUUUUGCCUGUGCCUUUGAAUUUCAUUCAACUUGAUUUAUCGUGCUUGCCAUCAGUAUUACUGAUUGUUCAGAUGCUACCAGUCAAGCUCAGCUCACACGAUACGAAAAUGUCUCUUUGAACAGCCAGGUUAUUACUAGCAUUUAAGGCGGCUCACAUGAAUGAAUAUGAAGUGAGACUCGUUUGCAUUUUUCAUUUGGAGGUUGACAGGAAGGUUCUGUUUUUAACCUGAAAGUACUACGUAAAACGUGGGCAUUAAAAACGUAGUGUACGGGUAUAUUUUUUGUGAACGAUUCUUCUUGAUCACUGAUCAUACUCUUGUGAGAGUAGUAGGGAAGCUGUUCUGAAAGUGUCGAAUUAUUCGGUAAUAAACAUGUCGUAACAGUAGUUCUUACCUUAAUUUCUAUGUUUUUUUUCACAUUGAUUUUGCUAUAUGAUGAAUCAGGUCAUAGAAUGUGUUAUUGGUCACCAAGUUUUGAAGCAACAGUUUCUGUUACAACAGCGGUGUUUGCAAGCUUAAGUCCUGCCCAUCGGUCGCGGCAAGUAGUAAAAUUGUUUCAAGAACCUCUCUCUGAGUUGUAUGACGGGUUAAUAAUUUUUCCAGGAGCUACUGAACGGCAAAUUCUUUUUACUUUUCAGGUAUUGUGUACUGGAAUUUUUCUUCUCAAAAUUUGAAUUUUCACAUUUCAUUUAACGUGUAAUAAUGCUGUUCAGCAAAAAUAAUUCAGUUAUUUCUGUUUUCGUGAGGUUUAUUGCUUGGCUUUCAUAGAGUAGCGAUUUCUACUAUUUGCCGAAAAAAAAUAAAGGAAAGAAUAUUAAUGUUCAGGUACUGAAGUUAUCAAUAAAAUUAUUUUUGCCUUGCG